CCAAUGACGUGCCGUGGAAGUGUUGCCGCUUUGGCCAAUCGGAGGUCUGAGAGGGCGGGGCCAGUGUGUGACUGCAGCGGCUGUGGCAGUGUUCACGCAGUGUGCUGCAGGAGCGAGAGCCGAGCGGACGGCGCUGAGAGAGACCAGCAAUGAACAGGAUACGAAUACAUGUUUUGCCGUCGAGUCGGAACCGGGUGACCCAGACACCCCGACCCCAGGAGCCUCAGGCCUGCUCGUUCACCCAGCGACCAUGCUCCCAGCCCCGCCUAGAGGGCUUGGAGUUCUGCAUCAAGCACAUUCUGGAGGACAAGAACGCCCCGUACAAGCAGUGCAGCUAUGUCUCCUCCAAGAACGGCAAGCGCUGCCCCAACGCCGGACCAAAAGUGGAGAGGAAAGAUGGAGUGACAUUCUGUGCAGAGCAUGCUCGCAGGAACGCCAUGGCUCUCCGAGCUCAGAUGAGAAAGGCGGCGUCUGCACCAUCCCCAGAAGCACUGUUGUCUCAGCUGAGCGGGUACAACCGCGCCGAGACUCAUAGUGUUGACGGCAGCGGCCGUUCGGAAGCGAGUCGUGUUGUAGAUGAGGACAGUGUGAGCGAGGAGGAGCAGGGACCGAUGGUACUUGACCAGACGUGGAGGGGAGACCCCGACAGUGACGCCGACAGUGUUGACAGUGAUCACGAAGAUCCUCUGAAACAUGCAGGAGUUUACACAGCAGAGGAGGUAGCGCUCAUCACCCGAGAAAAACUCAUCCGGCUCCAGUCGCUCUACAUUGACCAGUUCAAACGCCUGCAGCACCUGCUGAAGGAGAAGAAGCGCAGAUACCUGCACAACCGCAAAGUGGAGCACGAAACUCUGGGGAGCAGCCUGCUGACGGGCCCUGAGGGACUGUCCGUGAAGGAAAGGGAGAACCUGAAGAAGCUCAAAGCUCUGCGUCGAUAUCGUCGUCGAUAUGGCGUGGAAGCCCUGCUCCACCGGCAGCUGAGGGAGCGCAGGCAGGCCGUGACAGAAGGGGCUGCUCAGCCACACUCAAGAACCGUCUAUGAGAAAUGCAUCUCCUUCGAGGAGGGAACCCGUUGCGUCAAUCCCUGCCUGCCUAUGACCCGGCACUGUGUCUUACACAUCUACCAGGACAACAAUCAGGUGCUCUUCAAAAUGUGUCCCGGCCUAAAAGACGUCCCCUGUGACCGCACCGUGCACUUGGGUCAGUCCGACGAUCCCCGCUGCCCGCUUCACCUCGCCCUGCCUCCCCCCAUGCACCAGCCCGAGCAGGAACCACCGCCGCAGGAUCAGCUCACCCUCGCGAGCAGAGACAUGUAUCUGAGCGCAGCAGAGCUUCAGCCCACAGAGAGCCUUCCCUUAGAGUUCAGCGAUGACCUGGAUGUGGAAGGGGAUGGUAUGCAGGGUCCCCCAUCGCCGCUUCAGUUUGACACGGCCCUGGCCCUGGAGGACCAGACCAUCAGAGCUAUCGCUGAGGCGCCUAUGGACAUCCUGACCGGAGACGACCCGGAACAGGUCGACCUGGACGCCUCGGGACAGGAGCUGUCCGAAAGGGACGUGGCUGCCAACGUUGACGACCAGGUUAACUCGUGAUCUGAGGUCUGCCGACACACUGAUAACAACAUCCUACAAGUUCACUGUAUGUCACAGUGUUAGAAAUGGGUCUAAUAAAAAAAAUCUUGUUCACAA